UUUAAUACACUGGUAUUGAAUUUGGACAUCCUCUCUCAAUUUAUUGUUUGAAAAACCUAUAAAUUUUCUAAAAAUUAUUUUUAAUUUUUAAAAGAAACAGAAUUUUCCUAAUAAAAGAUCCCAAACAACUCGGCUCUUCGUCUGUCUGAUAAUCCAAUUCCUAGACACACGACAAGUUUCCUCAUCUUUUCUCUGUUUUCUCUUUCCGCCAAUUUCCCCAUCACCAUCUUCUUGUUCUUGAUGCAAUGGGGACUCCUCGUUCGCCGGCGACAGAUUUCUUCGGAAUUUCCAAGACAGCAUGCAAAGCCUACAAGUCCCUCGUCACCAAAUUGCACCCUCUUUCUUCUCAUCGCAAAUCCGAAUCCCAUUCCGACGCCGAUUCCGCAAUUCACCGGAGGUAUCUAGAGGAGAAAUUUGCGGAGGAGGAUGAUCUCAUUGCUGCUCGGAGAGGUCUCCGGCUACAGAGCAUGGACGAUAGCACCGUCUUCAAACGUCGAUCUUCUCUGUUAUCAAACUCAAGUAGCCGCCGCAGCCACACGCCGCAAGCUAGACCAACCUACCUCUCUUCCUCCGCUUCUUCCAAUCGCCGUUCUGCUUUCUCAAGAAGCGCAAGCCGUAGAGACGAAGGCAGCAGCCACGGCGGAGUGAGAAGCCACGGUUUGAAAUCACGUCCGGUAUCGAACAACGCAAGUCCGAUGACGUCGCCUUUCACGAGUCCGAGAGGGAAAGAUCAAACCUUAGGUGAUUUAUUUGGCUCUGUACAGAAACUUUCGUCUCCUCCAAGCAAUAGUCCGAUUAACGGCGUGAAACAGUCUUCUCCUUCGUCGAUUUCUAAGAGCGCUAGCAAGAGAGAUAAAGAUGAGAGAUGCUCUGCGAGCUCGGCGACGUCGACGUCUCUGCCGUUUUCUAAGAGUAAGAGCACUAGGGAUCCGGCUGGAUCAAUUGCGAAGAGUAUAAGCCGGAGGAGCACAACGCCGAUAGUGUUUUCGCAGUCUACACCGCCGAAAAAACCGCCAGCUGUGGAGAAAAAGCUUGAGUGUACGUUGGAAGAACUCUGCCAUGGUGGAGUGAAGAACAUCAAGAUCAAAAGAGACAUCAUUACCGAUGAAGGAUUGAUUAAGCAACAAGAAGAAAUGUUAAGAGUGAACAUUAAACCGGGAUGGAAAAAAGGGACAAAGAUCACAUUCGAAGGAGUAGGGAACGAAAAACCGGGAUAUCUACCUGAAGAUAUCACAUUCGUGGUUGAAGAAAAGAGACACCCUUUGUUUAAAAGACGCGGAGAUGACUUAGAGAUUGCGGUCGAGAUUCCUCUUGUAAAGGCUUUAACAGGAUGUAAACUCUCGGUGCCACUAUUGAGCGGCGAGUCAAUGUCGAUAACCGUAGGAGAUGUGAUCUUCCACGGAUUUGAGAAGGCGAUAAAAGGUCAAGGUAUGCCAAAUGCUAAAGAAGAAGGUAAGCGAGGAGAUUUGAAAAUAACGUUUCUAGUGAAUUUCCCGGAAAAGUUGAGUGAAGAACAACGAUCAAUGGCCUAUGAGGUUUUGAAAGAUUGUUCUUGGGCAUAAAGGUUUAUAGUAUACAUAUGGGUUUCUUCAUGCCUUUCACUUAUUUUUCUUUGUAAAUAAUAAGUUGUAAUUCGUUGACACUUAGGCUUCUUGUUAUAUAUUUUCUAUAUAACAUUUUGUUUUCUUAGAUUGAGCUGUUUUUAUAUGAUUCUUGCUGUGAAUGAUACAAUUGUCUUCUUCUGAAUUGUCAUUGUUGUGGUCAAGGCUAAGGCAUAAUUGAUUGUUUGGCAUUUCUUAAUGGCUGACUUCCACAAGGUUUUGUCAAACAACAAAUGUAUAGCCAAUAUAUAUUAUACCUUGUAAUGCAAUAUUAAAUGACCGCAUAGCGCAGUGGAUUAGCGCGUCUGACUUCGGAUCAGAAGGUCGUGGGUUCGACUCCCACUGUGGUCGCUUUUUGGUAUUUUGAGAUUUUUGUUUUUUUUUGAGUUCUCCAGGAAAUUCACGAUUUGAUCUUUCACUUACCCAGUUACAAGAGGCUCU